CAGCAUGUCGUCGAGAGGGGAACUAACGAGAAAGAUCGCAGAAGUGUACGUGUGCUCCCUAUAUGGAAUGAGCAAAGUGAAUGAUGUGAACGAGGCAAGGUUCAACAAGCUUGUUCAGCUGACUGGCAAAAUAAGUAAGGAAAACCCAAUGGCGAAAGUCAAGAAAGUGGAUUGUGCCCUGCUACCCCCAUGUGGAAAGACCAUGUGGAAUAAAGUACAGCGUGCGCAUUAUGUGAGCAUCAUAUGGGGUAAUGCAGACUCCCCACAACCGGACCAAGAUCUGGACCCUCUCCAGUAUGGAUGGAAGAAUGAAAACGGCCAUUAUGUACCAGAUUGGUUUCCUGGGCCUGCUGAACCAGACAAUCUUUUCUGCAAUGAUCACGAGGAGGAAUCGAUAGAGAUACAGGAAAAUGAGGACAUUGAUGACAUCCCAACGGAUGAUUCUGGCACAGACUCUGGACCAGAAUGGAGUGACGAUUCGGAUAGUGAGAGCGAGGCCUGAAGUUGCUUAGCCAACUGACAAGUUGCAUUUACGCUAUAGGACCUAUAUGCCUUGCAUUAUCGGAAGUGAUGUUGUUUUGGAAAUACUGCUGCAAGUACUGGUUGUGAUGGUGCUUCACAUGAGAAUACUACCUCAUUCUAGUCUUGUCUCAGCGAAUGAUGACAGUAGUACAAAUUACCUUUAAAAUUCUCUAUCACGAAGUUAGAAUUUAAGGAUAUACUAUAUAUUAGGUUGAAAGCAUAGAACGAUACUGUAUACCCUAGAUUCCUGUGAGAAAUGUCAUUGUUUGUAGGCUUCUGAUUUGAAUCCAAUAUUUAGCAGUCUGAGAAUCGCAUCAACGAGCCAACGGCUUGAUUCUUAAGGAUACUACAUGUACUUACUUGCUACUGAUUCGUUUUCUUGAAUCAUUAUAUUUUUCAUCCAGAUUUAAUUUUUUUAUAUCAUGUUCCUAAUUCUCUUAGGAUUUGCAAUUAUGAUGUUGUUGAUAUUCGUGGUUGAAACGUUAGAGAUAUUUUUGUAUGUACGAUGUGGAUGGCAAAACUUGCCCCACUCUUGAGUCCGUUUUUAACUCUGUCAGUUUAAUUUGCAUUUUUGAAAUAAAAUCUUGUCAAUAAGUUUCCAUAUCAAAGUUUAAAA